CCAAUGGCAGCGGCAGGUAGACGAGUGCUGCGCGUGAGUCUGGAGGCUGCGCAAGGCUAUGGCGCAUCGGAGAAAGCGAUCAGAGUAAGCCACGUCUUGCAUAGCCUGCUUCAUGCAAGGCAGAGGUUAUCAAAGGCUGUCGGUGAACUAAAUAACGUCCGUUCCUGCGUCGCAGAACACUUUCCCUUCAGCCCCUUCGUCGUCAGUCCAGCGCGACUGCGCGAAAUCGAGCUCGGCGCACUUUAUCCCGCAUACGUUGUUCCUUACAGAUAUCGGCCACGCAUAAUUCUAACCACCACUACUUCCGGACAGCAAACAGGCUACCACCACAUCUUCGGCGACAACCAGAAAUACUUUCGAACGAAGGGGAAAAAUCGUUGGCUCUUUCAGCGUAGCGCGCGUGCCUUCCAAGGCUGUUGGCUUGACGUUGGGUGGUGCGCAAUAGUGUUGAUAAUCGUUGUUAUCGACGAGCGCAUAGUUCGGUACACUUGCAGGCACGAUAUGGCUCAAGUCGAGCCGAGUGAAGUACCAAUUUUUGAUAAGGAACUGGUGAACAACAGCCUCUAGUUGAUAGAACGAUGUAGACAAAGGAAGUUGGCAAAGUGGAUCCGUAACUUCGGGAAAAGGAUUGGCUCUAAGGGUUGGGUACGUUGGGCCUUGGGGAGAAGCCUCUGGCGCAGAAGGGCACUAACCGCAAGACGGGCGCCUUCCAGCGCUGGGGUGCAGACACCCUUGGCAGGCUUCGGCCGUUCGGCGUACGUUCCAUUGAUGGCAACAACGUUGAUGCGGUAGGUGGGAAUGGCUCGUCGUCCAUGGCUCGGCAGUACCGUCGGGUGAGACAGGAUAUACUACGGCGUUGCUUCGCGAUAUCGCAGCCCGGCUUCCAGCU